CUGUUCAUUUCGUUUUCUUGUCCCCAGCGUAAUUUUUUUUUUUUUAGGGGUCGCAUAAGUAGAUCCGUCCCACCAAGCAGGAUCCAAAGCUCCACCAAAUUACGUGCUAAAGCACUAGUACUAUUGAGGCAAAUGGAUCCAAAGCUCCACCAAGCUGCAGCUACAGGAAAUCUAAUCUUGUUUCAGGAAGCUCUUGCUAGUUGCAUUACUACUGCAGCAAUAGAUGAGUAUCUUCUCUCUCAAAAAACUGAUAUCAACGAUAAUAUCAUCCAUGUUACUGCCGACUGCAGCCCCGAAGCAGGAGCUUUCAUCGUCAGUGAAGUUAUGGAGAAAAUGCAGCUGCCUCCUUUGGUAAAAGUAGCACUUAUUUGUCAGCAGAACAAACAUAAGUCCAACCCACUUCACAAAGCUGCAACAAAGGGUCAUCUCCAAAAUGUCAAAAUCUUGAUUGAAUCUUACCAUAAAUUCUCAAAAAUUACGAACGAUGAAGCAAACACAGUACCAGAAACACGAGUGACGGUUGGAGAUGCUCCAAUGGAUGAUCUUCCGGCACCAUGGUUAGCGGUAAGUUAUAAUGGAAAAACUCCUCUACAUAUGGCUAUAGAGGAAGGACAUGAAGAAGUUGCAGCUUAUAUUCUAUCACAAGAUCUGGAAACACUCUGUAAAAUGGUAGAUUACUUCCGUAAGAGCCCUCUUUACCUUGCUGUGGAGAAAGGGAUGGAACGAGUUGCGCUACAGAUCUUGACAUCUGAUUGCUCUUAUAGUCUUGGUCAUCCCUUUCAUAAAACAACUCUUCUCCAUAGUGCAUCCCAAAUCACAGAACAAGUCGCCAAGAUACUUAUUGAAAAGCAUGCACAACUUUUGAGAGCUCAAGAUUCAUUUGGCGAAACGUUUCUUCAUUGCUGGGCGAGUAGAGGAGAACUACAGCCAUUACAAUGUCUUCUGAAGGACAACAUUCUAUCAACUUGGAGUGGCGACUACAAGAAUAUACUCUCCCUCGAAAAUAAUUCUGGAAACAACCCACUACAUUGUGCUAUAUAUUCUAAUAAAGUGGAAGUGGUAAAACGCCUAAUUGAUGCUUACGUCCAAUUAUCUGGACCAAAUGAAGGAGACUUGAAUGAUUCGCCAUUGGUACAUCAAAAUUGUUAUGGCGAAACACCUCUACAUAAGGCAAUAGGACGUGGUUGUGUAGAUAUUGCACUUUACUUGCUUUCCUUGGAUUCCAAUUUGGCUUCCAUUAACAUUGUUAUAGGCACGAGCCCACUUUUUCUCGCCGUGGAAUGCGGAUGUACUGAAGUUGUCGAUGCACUUAUUCGCGGACAAAAUGAAAUCACGAUUUGCGGUCCUAGAGGACAAAAUCCUUUGCAUAUUGGCUGGAAAUGCCCAGAUGUCCUCGAUAUGCUGGUUGAAAUGCUGGGUAAAGAUCUAAUAGAGAUGAAGGAUGAAGCUGGGAAGGCUCCUCUUGAUUAUGCAGCAGCAGUAGGUGAAAUAAAUCUAAUGAAAAUGGCAUUUAAUCAUUCUGGUAUACAUAGUGCCCCCUAUGCUUGGAUUGAAGCCUGCAAAGGCGGCCAUAUGGAUGCAUUUCGCAUAUUCAUGAACAGAUGUAAUUUUAGGCAGCUGUGUAUUGACCAAAGAGACACACCACUACACCACAUGAAAUUGGAAACUAAAGAGGAAUACCAAGAAUUCCUUCAAAUUCCACUCAUGGAGCAGCUAAAGAAUUCAACUGAUUCUGAUGGCGCGACACCAUUGCAUAGAGCGAUUGAACGAGAAGACAUCGUCCUUGUUGAGCUGUUGCUAGGGACUCCUGACAUUAACUGGACCAUCAAGAAUACCAACGGCCAAACAGCCUUGGAUUUGCUUGCAAAACAAUGUGAUGAACUCCCUGAUUGGGUUGCAAUGUGCAAGCGAAUUGGAAUAAAUCCAAGAAUAAAAACCACCUAUAUUCCACUUAAGACGAACUUAGCAGAGGUAAGAACCACACUUUCAGUAGUUGCAGCCCUUUUAGCAACAAUAACUUUUGCAGCAGGAUUCACAAUCCCUGGAGGCUUUAAAGAUGACGGAUAUGCUAUAUUUGCAAGGAACGCAGCUUUUAUAGUGUUCUUACUAUCAGAUACUUAUGCAAUGUGUUGUUCCAUGUUGGUCUUGUUUAUUCUGAUCUGGGCAAUGGUCUGUGAUCCCGACGAAUCACUUAUACUCAUUGAUCGCAGCAUCGUCAUACUGCAGCAAGCGCUUUACGGAACAUUGGUGGCGUUCAUGAGUGGUGUAUAUACGGUAGUCUCUCAUAAUUGUUUAUGGACUGCGAUUGUUGUUUGUGUCAUGUGCUCUCUUGUUGCGGUUGUAACCAAUAAGAGUGUUCUUUAUAGAUUGCUUAAAAGGUUUGUCCCCUCUACAAGAUAAUUACUAGUUUUUACCUUGAUGACAUGCACAAUAGAAAGCAUUAGAUAGGGGGAGUAAACAAAAAUCCAUCUUGCUUGGUGAUGGAAAGUAGAGAGACUAAAACACACAAACAAUCCCGUAGGUGUGUUUUGACCCUAUUUCAAAACAUUGGCAUAUUGUUCCAAUCAUCCUUAGCUUCAAAUCAAACAA